AAAAAGUUAUCCAUGUAUCUUCAUGUCAGCAACAUUGACCAGAUCAGCAAGAUGUUGGCGCCAAAUCAUGGAUUCUGCCCGCCUAAUCCUACACCUCCCGUCAUCUUUAUCCACAUGGGAACCAAUGUGAAUGCCUCUAGAGAUCACCAUUUCCAUUCUCUCUGAAAGUCAUGAUCUGCCCUUCCUCUUCUUCAAUUCCUCUGCCAAAUGCUUGUUCUUGGUGGAGGCUGCGGUGGCUGAAAAUACUAUGGCCUCCGCCACGAUUCCGGUGAAUGUGGGAGUGGUUCUUGAUCUGGAUACGUGGGUUGGGAAGUUAGGCUUGAGUUGCAUCAACAUGGCCAUCUCUGACUUUUAUUCCAACCAUGGUAACUACAGAACCAGGCUAGUUUUAAAUGUAAAGGACUCUGAGGGAGAUAUCGUUGGGGCUGCCGCCGCUGGUACGGCGUCUUUUUCCCUCUUCUCUCUUUUUCUUUCGCUUCUUUUCCCUGUGCA